GAUGCCUUCGAUUUAAAUGAGCACCUUGCAAAUUAUAAAAGAUGCGCGUCGCGUUUUAUUUUUAAGCAGUCGUUCGCCGGCUGAGCUCACGCGAUGAGUUGCGUAACGUUUCUUCUGGUAGCAAUACUGUUGCUAGUGUCCCCUGCAUUUAGUUUCCACUUCAAUGCUCACUUGCACCCGGAUUUAUUGGGCUCUGACAAUGAUUUUUGCCGCGAACAGUUGGAGCACAUUAUUGAAGGAAUUUCCAACCUAGACUUGUGGGCCCUCAAGUUCAUCGAUUCUAGCUCAAAACCACAGUCUGGAAUUCUCUCUGGAAAUACAGUGGAUUAUGGGAGUUUUGACGAGUGCGUCGGAAUUUCUGCUAGUGUUCCUCUGCUCGGAGAAAAUAUCAAAGGAAAAUAUUGCCUAGCAAAUAUACACAUUGAACCUGAUAAACCUGGGAAAAUGGAAAAAGAUGGUAUCCUUAAUAUCAUCACUAGUAAUAGGCGACACAUUGAGUUAACAAAAAACCAAACUACGAAGAAUACGAUGAUUCCAGUUGUGCUUCCGAGUUUCGCCCUCUUCAGGUCUGCAUUUUGCAUUCCAAGUGCAUGCCGAUCAGUUGACCUUGAGAGAAUACUAAACUCCACACUUUCACACUUUGGGAAAUCAAUUGGACUGACGAUUUAUAACGAAGCAUUUGAAGAAAAUUGUUCAGUCGAAACGGAGAUCUCAUGGAAUUCCAGUGAUAUAGCAUUUUUGAUAAUGCUUGGCGCGCUUGUUUCUCUGGCUUUGGCGGCUACUGUUUAUGAAGAGCGAUUCAAUGUUGAAGGGGGUGGAAUAUUCCAAGCCGUGGUACAGUCUUUCUCGCUGUCUGAUAAUUGGCGCAAACUUACUUCGUGCAACACGACGAUGGCGAGCUUAGAUGGCGUUCGAGCUCUUAGCAUAUUCGCAGUGAUGCUUUGCCAUACUGGCUUAACAAACCUCACUCUUCCUUACAUCAACAAAAAGGAUAUUUUCGACGCUUCAAGAAGAAUAGAAUACUUGCCUUAUUAUUUGACGGGCUUAAGUGUCGACUCAUUCCUACUGCUUGGAGGUGCCCUCCGAACUUACAAUAUGAUUGAAAAACUGGAGCGUAAAAAGUUCUUUUACUUCAAAGACGUGAUUCAACGAUACUUGAGACUUACACCAGCAUUGGCCGUAAUCAUUGCGUUUUAUGCUACUAUUUUCCCUCUUCUUGGAAGUGGACCAACGUGGUUCAAAGACGUCGGUGUGCAUAUGGAGGUCUGCAAGGAAAAUUGGCCACUCAACUUACUUUAUGUGAACAACAUAAUUGACUCUGAUAGAUUGUGCAUUGUGCAAACGUGGUAUUUGGGAGCAGAUAUGCAGCUUUAUCUUCUAGCGCCGCUCAUUGUUUAUCCUAUUUGGAUGUGGCCAUCUGCUGGAAAAUACAUCAUCCUAGUCAUGCUUACUCUAUCGUCGUUGUUGUCAGCCUAUAUAAUAUUUGAAGCUGAUACGACAGUUUUAUUCAUAUCAACAUUUGAAGACGAAAAAUUGGCAUCCUAUGUAAAGUGGAUCCACUAUUUCACUCCAUCCCGAUUGUAUUCCUAUCUGGCUGGAGUCACUCUUGGAAAAAUUUUAAGUAACAUAAAAAAUGGAAAGGCUGAGAAAAUUUCUAAGGAGGUUAUUUACAGUGGCUCGACUUUGAGCUCGUUGGCGCUUUCUACAAUUGCUUAUUGGGCAUUUCAAUAUAUCAGUCCAGAUUAUAAAUACAGCUUGGGCCAAUCUAUCCUUCUUGGUGUGCUGAUAAAAAUAGUCAUCACAUUUUGCAUCUCUUGGAUAAUUUUUGUCUGUGAAACAGGAAAUGGAGGCCUGAUCAACCGAUUUCUCUCUUGCAGACCUUUACAAUUUAUAAGCAAAUUAUCAUUCUGCAUGUUUUUGACGCACUAUAUCGUUAUAAGCCACUCGUGCGGAUCUACCAGACAACCGGAAUAUUUUUGUUUCUUUAGACUUUCGUAUGUAGUGAUUGGGCAUAGUGUGUACACUAUAUUUCUGUCUAUUCCUCUUCACCUGCUUGUAGAAGCCCCGUCUAGAGCGUUAACGAAUUAUAUCAUGACUAAAUGACUUCUGUGUUCUUCUAUCUUUUUCAUAAUCUUUUGCACGAAUGACGUGAUACAAAAAUUUAAAUCUGUUGUAUGUAAUUGAAUAAAACAAAAUUUAGAAUCUAAGAAAGAUAUUUAAUAGCCCGGCAAGUUGUAUUUCAAAUAUAAUAUGGUACUUUCGUAACGACUGGAUAGUAACUUGAGAAAUAUCAUUUUUAACCAUUUUGGGGUCAAAAAAUUUCAUAGUCCAUCCAGAUGCAAAAUUUGAAACAAAACCAUAACAAUUUUAAUCAUUGCUGUAAAAUAGUGCUGCAAUAAUCACAGUGGUGGAGUAACAAAGCCCAUUUUAGUAUUCACAUUGGCAUUCAAAAGAAAUCAUUCAUUAUAUUCGACAAGAAGUUUAAUUUUUUAUAAAAAGUCAUAUCAGCCUAUUUAAUAAAAUUGGUCCUUGUACAGUAUAAA